AUGGCAACCACUAGCAACGAGUCAGAUUCUUCGCGAAAGAACACAGACAAUAGAGAGAAUGAUAACAAAGAUGAACAGAAUAACAUGUUUGAAUGUAACAUAUGCUUGGAUUAUGCAAAGGAUGCAGUUGUCAGUGUUUGUGGCCAUUUAUUUUGCUGGCCAUGCUUGCAUCAAUGGUUAGAAACUCGUUCUAGUCGGCAGGUAUGCCCUGUAUGUAAAGCUGUUAUAAGUAAAGAUAAAGUAAUUCCAAUUUAUGGACGAGGAAAUACGAAACAAGAAGAUCCCAGAAAUAAAGUGCCACCUAGGCCGGCUGGUCAAAGAACUGAACCUGAUGCUAAUACUGGUUUUCCUGGUUUUAACUUUGGGGAUGGUGGUUUCCAUUUGUCAUUUGGAAUAGGAGCAUUUCCUUUUGGAUUUUUAACAUCAUUUAAUUUCUCUGAUCGUCAUGGAGUUCCAGUUGGUGGUCAAUUACCUCAAGCCGAUCAUUACUUAUCAAAACUUUUCUUAUGGAUUGCAGUAAUAUUUAUUAUUUGGGUAUUAUUGGCGUGA